AUGGCGGAGAAAAAGGACUUUGAUGGUGGCAAACUGGGAGGAGGGUGUUUUUCGCAGCUACUGUUCUCCGAUGAAGAUGUGGGUCUUGAUGCCGAUGGGUGUUUCAACUAUACAUCCUCAUUUUCUUCUGUAAAUCCUCCCAAAAUGCUUUGUUUCGGGGGAGAUUGUGGGAAUGAAACUGAUUUGGGUGGGUUUUCUGAAACCCCCAAAACUGCUCAGAAAUCUGGAGUUACAUGCAGCGAUUCAUCUUCAACAUCUUCAACUAAUAACAGCAACACCACCACCUCCAUGCCCAAAUCAAAUAAAAAACGAAAUGGGUCAGGGAAUGAAUCGGGUCUAAGGUUGAGCUCUGGUCCCGGAGCUCCGGAAGGAAGAAAGAGAAGCUGCAAGAAAACCAAGUCGGAAAACUCAUCGGAAAACGGGCAUGCAAAGGUGAAGAAAGAGAAGCUUGGAGAAAGGAUCACUGCAUUGCAACAACUUGUAUCACCCUUUGGCAAGACAGAUACAGCAUCAGUGCUUCAUGAGGCGAUGGGAUAUAUCAGGUUUCUGCAGGACCAGGUUCAGGUCUUGUGUUCUCCUUACUUGCAACGUCUGACUUCCUCGCCCCACCUCCUUGAGGGUGGAGAAUGCGAAUCAAGGAAGGAUCUGUGGAGCAGGGGUUUGUGUCUGGUUCCGAUACAGUGCACCCUACAAGUAGCAGAAACCAAUGGUGCUGAUUUCUGGUCACCUGUCACUAAGAAUAACCUUUCAUCACAGCUCUGA